GCACAAAUAAAGUUACAUGCAAAAAAAUUCCAAAGCUGGCUAGAUGAAAAUCAUUUAUAACCACUCUGUACUUUCAAAUAUUUUACCAACAGACACACUCUUCGUAUUUAGUCGUAUUUAUUUUGUUUUUUUGUGUUGUUCUAUUUUUAACAUUGAAACUGCAUAUUCCCACAUCUUUCAGGGCCACACUUUGUGAAAUUAAUAUUAUAGGUAGAUAUUCGUUUUUUAUUUAUUUAUUGUGAAAAUGGAAAACAUCUUGACCGACAUCAACAGGAGAUUUAUAUCCCUUCCAGAGGAAGAUGUUCGAGGAAAUAAACAAAUACUAGAAUCUGUGUUGCGGACAUUUGUUGACGUCAUGAAGACCCAAGAUCCUCUUUUUGAGGCUCUUUUUCGAAGGGUUUUCUACGGGGGGAGUUUCUACGACGGUUUGCGGGUAGGGAAGCCCGUAGAAUUCGAUUUGGACUUACUUUUGCACAUCCCCACCUAUGCACAACCCACUUUACAAGAAAGCAAUAUUCCGGGGUUUGUCUGGCUUAAAUUAAACAAUCUUGACGGGUGGUUGAGACAACCAGAAGGGAGAGUUUACAAAGACUUCCGAAAAAAAUUCCUGGACAAUUGCGAUUUCCUAGACACCGGGAAAACCCUCAAAUGGAUGGAAAGCCUCGUCCAGAAAACUCUAAACAAAUUACCUUGGGGAAACGUGACAAACGAAAUUGGAACGUUUUGUAUUAAAUGGAGGAAAGGGGGCCCCGCGAUGACACUGGAAAUUUUUCACAGUUCAGGGGGGAAAAUUAUGGACGUUGAUUUAGUCGCGUGUUUUAUUUUUGGGGGCGAUAAAUGGCCGAUUAAUGGCUACAGAAGUAAUCCCUGUCCUUCAACAAAACCGGAAUUUUUCAUUGUUCCGAAGAAACCGUCACAACAGGUGAAUCCCCAGGGACGCUACUGGCGACUGUCUUUCCAGGAGCAGGAAAGGGUGCUAAUUGAUAAUAAAAAUCGGUUAAAACCGGCCGUUAAGCUAAUCAAGAAACUGAAGGAGACGACACAUCCUAACAUUGCUAGUUAUUACAUCAAAACAGUUUUUCUCCAUAUUAUUGCUCAGAAAGAUCACAGUUUUUGGAACAAACCCUUGAAUGAAGUUUUUAUGACAACGUUGCGAGAGUACAGGGAAUUUAUCGCAGAGGGGGAAAUUCCCUAUUACUGGUGCAGAAAUAACAAUUUAAUUGGACACAUAGAUGCAGCGACUUUGUUCAAUAUCAGUAACCGAAUCGGUUACAUUAUCAGAGAUAUUGAAAAUAAUCCAAUGACCGUGGCAAAACAUUUGCUGACCAAGGAUGAAUACCAGAUGUAUAUUAAUGGGGAAGACGCAAUGGCAAAGGCGCUACCUGCAGUACAACCCUCAAAUUGUGCCAUUCUUUAAUAAUAUUUUUAUUCAUCAUCUUUAUAUUAAUAAAUAAGUGAAAACUAUAAAAUGCUACAUUUACAUAUCAAUAAUCUUUCUGGUAAAAAUCAAGGCACUC